GCUUAUACAGGACAAACCUUAAUCUUCGUUAAAAGUGACGGUUGACGGCAAAAUUAUUCGAUAUACUGGAGGGCUAUGGAGGCGUGGAGGUUGUAAGCUGUUGACGCAGGCGCGGUCCAGCAGGGUGUUUAGGGAUGAGAACGGGCGCGUCAGUCGGCGCUCGGCGACUGGAGGUGCUACGCGCUUUGCGCCGCGCUCCAUACCGCCGGAGCGUGGCUCGGGGCGUGGCGCUUACGUAAACACGCGUGGCUCACAGUUGGUGCUGCGGGCGGCGCGGUGCCGCGCCAUUGUCCGUCCCAGAACGACCCCAUGUCGGCCCGCGCCGCCACCUGAGUUUAUGAAGAUAGCUGCACGCACGCUGCCGCGCCGCCGCCGCUGCCACUACCACCACCGCCGUAUAACGCGCUUAUAGCAUCAAAAUCAGAGAUGCAGGCGCACACGGCGCUGAUGGCGCUGGCGGCGCUGGGCGCGCUCUCGGCGGCUACACCAGAGCGCGGCGGUGGGAUCAAGGUGGGCGGCGGUGCAAUGGGCAGUAGCGGGCGCGACGGUGCUCGGGGCUCAGGGGUGCGCAUAGGCGGCGAUGGGCUGCGGCGCCCUCGCACCUCACCUGCACCUCCGCCACCUCGUGCACCCUCUGUCAUCACAGCCGCACUCGUUGUACCCCAUAAAGCCUUUGGUUCACGUGAUUACACCAAAGCCGAAAAAGCAGCACUAGCAAAACUGCCACGCAAACUAAAACUCUUCUCACAAGUGCGCCUAAAUGUCACGCUUUCUACUCAAGGCCUGACACCUAGUCCAAUGUCUAUCCUGGACUCUUUAUGUAAAGAUUUUCUAGCAGUCAACGUAUCUGCUAUCCUCUAUCUCAUGAAUCAUGAACAAUAUGGUCGUUCUACUGCCUCCGCACAAUAUUUUCUACAACUUGCCGGCUAUCUGGGAAUACCGGUUAUUGCGUGGAACGCAGAUAAUAGCGGCCUAGAGAAACGCGCACCUCAUGCUUCUUUACGACUUCAGUUGGCCCCGUCCAUUGAACAUCAAACCGCUGCCAUGCUCUCUAUAUUAGAACGAUACAAAUGGCAUCAAUUUAGUGUCGUCACAUCUGCUAUUGCGGGUCAUGACGAUUUUAUACAAGCGGUUCGAGAACGAGUCACUGCAUUACAGGAUCGAUUCAAGUUCACAAUAUUAAACGCCAUUGUGGUGAAACGUUCAUCAGAUCUCAAGGAAUUGGUAACAAGCGAAGCAAGGGUCAUGUUGUUGUAUGCUACACGGGAAGAGGCUGCUGAGAUUCUGUCGGCGGCUGGCGACAUACAUCUCACAGGAGAGAACUUUGUGUGGAUUGUCACGCAAAGUGUUCUUGGUUCAAUGCAGCAGCCUAAUAAAUUUCCUGUUGGCAUGCUUGGUGUCCAUUUCGACACAUCAAGUUCUUCGUUGAUAGCUGAGAUUGCUACAGCAGUCAAGGUAUUCGCUUAUGGUGUCGAAUCUUACAUAUCUGAGGUAGAAAACAUCCGGCAUCCACUCGGUACACGUCUAUCAUGUAGUGGCGCUGGGGCUGGCGAAGCUCGAUGGCCUACCGGUGAAAGGUUUUAUCGUCAUUUACGGAAUGUUAGCGUAGAAGGAGAAGUAGGAAGACCAAGCAUAGAAUUCACUCCCGAUGGAGAACUACGAGCCGCAGAGCUUAAAAUUAUGAAUCUUCGACCAUCUAUCGGAGAACAGUUGGUAUGGGAAGAAAUUGGUACAUGGAAUUCGUAUCCAAAAGAACGCCUUGUCAUCAAAGAUAUAGUUUGGCCUGGUGGUUUACAUACACCUCCUCAAGGAGUACCAGAAAAAUUUCACAUGCGGAUCACAUUUCUUGAGGAGCCACCAUACAUAAAUUUAGCCCCACCAGACCCCGUCAGUGGUCGUUGUUCACUAGAUCGGGGCAUUAUCUGUCGCGUUGCACCUGAGAUCGAUGUUGUAGGAUUGGAAGCAGGUACCGCACAUGGCAACAGCUCUUUAUAUCAGUGUUGCAGUGGUUUUUGCAUUGAUUUAUUACAACAGUUAGCAGAGCAAUUGGGAUUCACAUAUGAGUUGGUACGUGUAGAAGAUGGACGUUGGGGUACACUACAUCAGGGAAAAUGGAACGGUCUUAUAGCAGACCUGGUAAAUAAAAAAACAGACAUGGUAUUAACGUCAUUGAUUAUCAACUCUGACCGAGAAGCAGUGGUAGAUUUUAGUGUGCCAUUUAUGGAGACUGGUGUUGCUAUUGUGGUAGCCAAGCGUACGGGUAUAAUUUCACCUACGGCUUUCUUGGAGCCUUUUGAUACUGCAUCGUGGAUGCUAGUAGGGGCAGUUGCAAUACAAGCUGCGACUUUCUCUAUAUUCUUUUUCGAGUGGUUAUCACCAAGUGGAUUCGACUGCUCUACAGGCCACAAUUCGAAGCGAGUCCCUCAAAAUCGUUUUUCACUUUGUCGAACCUACUGGAUUGUGUGGGCCGUUCUUUUUCAGGCCUCAGUGCACGUGGAUUCCCCCCGUGGAUUUACUGCCAGAUUCAUGACUAAUAUGUGGGCUAUGUUUGCGGUUGUGUUUCUUGCUAUCUACACUGCUAAUUUAGCCGCUUUUAUGAUUACACGAGAGGAAUUUCACGAAUUAAGCGGUAUUGAUGAUCCAAGGAUAUCUAGGCCAUUAUCACAAAGGCCAGCACUGAAGUUUGGAACUGUGCCUUGGUCACACACUGAUGCUACAUUAGCCAAAUACUUUUCCGAGCCACAUGCCUACAUGGCCCAGUACAAUAGAAGUACUGUGAGUGCAGGAGUAACAAGUGUACUAACCGGAGAGCUUGAUGCAUUUAUAUACGACGGUACUGUACUGGACUACUUAGUAUCACAAGACGAGGACUGCAGACUCCUGACCGUAGGGUCUUGGUACGCUAUGUCUGGCUAUGGAUUAGCAUUUACACGCAAUUCUAAAUACCUCAGUAUGUUCAAUAAAAGAUUGCUUGAUUUGCGAUCUAAUGGAGAUUUGGAGAGAUUACGCAGAUACUGGAUGACUGGAACAUGCAAGCCAAACAAACAAGAACAUAAGUCAUCCGACCCAUUGGCACUGGAGCAGUUCCUGUCAGCAUUUUUACUUUUAAUGGCGGGAAUUUUGCUGGCGGCACUAUUGCUGUUGCUGGAACAUGUUUACUUCCGGUACAUGCGAACACACCUCGCUGCCUCCAGUGUGGGCUCUUGUUGUGCCCUAGUAUCAUUGUCCAUGGGUCAAUCUUUGUCAUUUCAUGGCGCCGUGGUAGAGGCAGCAGCUCGAGGUUUCGGUACGGGAUCUCGGGGUCACUGUCGCUCUGCUGUUUGCGCCGCACAGGUGUGGCGGGCGCGUCACGAGCGCGACGCGGCAAUGGCACGCGCGCGUCAGCUGGCGGCUGCACUGGCGGCGCACGGGCUGCAGCCGCCGCCGCGGAGGCUGGCGUCGGCGGCGGCGCUGCUGGCGGGCGGACUGCCGCACGACGCCACCAGGCCGCGCACACUGCACGCCACCGCCGACCUCCUCCCAGAUCUCGACCGUCCGCUGUCUUGCGGUGAUUUACGCGCCAGAGAGCGGACACGAGUAGAAAUGGAAACAGUGCUGUGAGGCGCAUAUUGCGCCACCCUUUUUCAAUUCCUGAAGGCUGUUCUUACACCAAGUUAUACAAAACGAAGUUAGUUAUACCUAAUGUUAAAAUACGGACAGAUAAAAAAGCGUUGUAAUUAUUAAAUAAAUUAUUCCAAUUAUUAAAACAGAGAGCUGGACGUAGAUAGCGAAGCGUUGUUGUGGGACGCGCGCGCAGUGCAGGCUGGGCGCCGGGCGCGCGCCCUCGUGUUGUCUACUACAAUAAAAAUAUAUUUUUUGGACAAUA